AUGGUGUCGAUGAGUAGAAAGAUGCCUCCGCCUCUAGGUACAACGCAACACCAACAAGAGCAGCAACAAGACCAGCAAGACCUCCAGGAUGCACAUAUUUGUGAAUUGUGCGAGACGGCAUGGAAGGCCACUGAAAGCAGGUUUGCAACAAUAAUGGAACAGCUGCAACGACAAGUAGCUGACCAACAACAACAACAACACCAACAAACUUGUGACAACACUGUACAAGCUCCAAUUAAUCCCACAAAUUUUCAAGACAUUGAAAUGGACAAAGCACGGGGACCGGAGCAAUUGAGCCAGACAAAUGAUGAGGAUUCUCUUCUAGUAAGGAAAUCCAUUCCUACUUCAAAAGAAGUGGUGGUUGAUGAACAACAAACUCAACCACAAGCACAUGAAACGAAUAUCUCCACAAGAGAAAAGAAGAGAUCCCAUCAAGAUUUCACCGGCCAGGAUUCAGGUGUGACAUCUACCUAUACCAGAAGGUCGAGAUGCACUAGUACCCGGAAAAGGAAAGUAUUCAAAGAUCCAACUAUACCACACUUUAACCUGGGUAUCUUCUCCAGUCAGGCGGACAGUUACGAGACAACCCAGGAGAAGAACACUGAGGAAGAUAUCACAGGAAGUGUUGAUUUGGAUAAAGAUGUCAGUGAGACUAUAGAAGCAGAAGAAUAUCCAGUACCAUCUGCACUUGACGAAACAAAGAAUCCCACUCCUUCCAUCGAUGAAAUCAAAAGAAGGGCCAGUUCACCAGCUUCAAAAUCAUUAAGUGAUACCAAAAAACUAGAGAUGAUUGCCGCUGCUGCAGAAGAAGUUGAGAACUCAAAGGUGGUUGAAGCAGUCCCUUUAAGCAUAAUUCCACCCGAUUGGAAUAUUGCUUCUACAAAGGGUAGUCUAGUGAUGCUGGAGAAAAAUGAGUGUACCACGCCACUGCCUGCAAUCUCAAAGGAAGCUGAUGAGCUUGAUGAAGAGUUAACAAAGACAGUGGAAAAGAUCCUCAAUGAAAAACCUAAGAGGAGAAAUCCACCAAGACUCCACCGGUUGCCCGAACGGUUCAGGAAACUCUUGUUUGAAUUUGGAAAAAUCAUUUGGGCAGACAGGACAGCUUUCUAUUCCAUGAGGGAAGGGACAUGGAUAGAAAACAGCAUCAUAGAUGCUUGGGCUGUCAUCCUAAACAAAGAAGAACCUAAGAGUGACUCCCCAAGACGGAUAUUCUUUGGUGUUUCAUCAUUUGAUACAAUCAGUCGAUACUAUCAACAGGGUAGUAACAAAGAGGAAAUCAAGUUCACAUUCUAUGAGAGGUUGGGUCUUGAACUAGAAGAACAAGGCCUUAUUGUAGCAUCUCUGUUAGCGGCAAAAGCUAUCUACUUCCCAGUACACUACCAAGACCAUUACUUCUUGUAUGUGUUGCUGGUUGAAGAAAAGAAAGUGCUUGUCCUCAACAAUAUUCAUGCAAAAGAUUUGGACUACUACAAGCCAACGAAAGAUCUACUUUUUCGGUUCUUCAAAAGCUACGUUGCAUGUGUGUUUCCACGCAUAGAACUGGUCAGUGCUCAGUACACCUUCACAGAGGUUACGCUACCAUCGCAUAAGGACAAAACGCCGAAUGCGGAAGAUUGUGAAAUAUACACAAUGCACCACAUGGAGCGGUAUGAUGGUGGUGAAUACGAGGAUGGUACUACUUUGGAUUUCAACAUGGUGAAUACAAGGAUGGCUGAUUUGGGGGCAUCUGCAGUGAUACAUUCCCCCCAAGUUCCAACUGUAACAACAUCGGUAGCAAGCUCCGGCGGCAUCCCAAAAAUGCGAAGGUUCGACGUCGAAAGUCACAGUCGUCAGUCGAAUUCAUCUCCGGCAGUGAGUCUAUUCGGCAACAUCGCCUUCAAGCCUUCGUCAACGCCCAAUCUCAAAGUCAUCAUUGGCAGCCGUUACAAUCGGCAAGUUGCAGCAACUCCAUCUUCAACACCGUCACAAUCGGCAGGUUUGAUUUCAGCUCGUGUCGGCGUCGAUCCACCUUCGACAGAAGCAACAACCCGCGGGUUGAAGAAGAAGACGACGAAUUGGACGUCGGGCGGGAAAAAGGGCCAGAAUUGCAGAAAAUUCAAAAUUUUGCAAUCAGGUCCCUGUUAUUUCAUUUAUUUACAUAUCAGCCUUAAAAGUUCAACAAUUAUCAAACCGACUCUAAAGUUUGAAAACGAGGCAAUCAGACCCCCUGACAAAGAUUUUAGGGUCCAUCUAGGAGCUUUACAAGCCAAUUGCAAGGAUCUCGUCCAUCUGGGAGCAAAGCCCGUCUCGAUCCCCGUGGUCGAUGGCACCGUGUGGCCUCCGCGGCCUAAAGCAUUCCUACGGCCUCCGCGGUCUUGGAGCUUUUAUAAGCCCGUCUCAAUCCCCGUGAUCGACGGCACUGUGUGGCCUCGGCGGCCUACGGCACUCCUACGGCCUCCGCGGUCUUGGAGCUUUAAUAAGCCCGUCUCGAUCCCCGUGAUCGACGGUAGUGUGUGGCCUCCACGGCCUACGGCACUCCUACGGCCUCCGUGGUGUUUGAGCUUUUAUAAGCCCGUCUUGUUCCCCGUGGUCGACGGCACCGUGUGGCCUCCGCGGCCUGUGGCACUCUUACAGCCUCUGCGGUCUUGGAGCUUUUAUAAGCCCGUCUCGAUCCCCGUGGUCAACGGCACUGUGUGGCCUACGCGGUCUACGGCUCUCAUACGGCCUCCGCGAUCUUGGAGCUUUUAUAAGCCCAUCUCGAUCCCCGUGGACGACGGCACUGUGUGGCCUCUGUGGCCUGCGGCACUCCUACGGCCUCGGCGGUCUAGGAGCUUUUAUAAGCCCAUCUCGAUCCCCGUGGUCGACGGCACCGUGUGGCCUCCGCGGCCUACGGCACUCCUAUGGCCGCCGCGGUCUUAG